AUGUUUUCAUUCGUUAAAAAAUCAUAUGAUUUCUUCCGUGAGACAUUUACAGAGCAUCUAGUUGAUCCGUGGUCUCUAGCUGCAAUAGGAUCAGCAGCUUUUGUAGUAAUUAUUUAUUCAAAGAGAAAGGAGGCAAUUUUACUCUCGGAAAUGGAUUCUAGGAGUGAUUUGAUGAAUCCAAGUGAAUCAAAAUGUAAUAAUACGCAUCAUUAUGAGAGUCAGAAACCUUGUAAUUAUGCAGUGUGGUUUGAUCGUCCACUCGAAUAUCAAGUACUAUCCAAUUAUAUUAAAUUACCAGCUGCUAGAGUGAUUGUAUUGAUUGGAAUACCACAAUCGGGAAGAUCUAAAUUGGCCAGUAAAUGUGUUUUGGAAUCUUAUCCUUUUGAUGUAACUCAUUUGGAUGUUAGAAAUUCACCAUUCGAUGAUGUAAAUGGUUUGGAAAGUAGAUUUAUUGAUAGGGGAUUUGAUUUUUCGGAUUUGAUAUCAAGUUUUAUAACUGGAUUGAGUAAGACAUUUAGAGGAGAGUUGGAUGUUUUGGAGGAAGCUUCAAAUGAUCAUAAGAAUCAAAGUGAGGAAGCUGCAGCUGCUGAAUCAUUGAAUAGAUUCAAGACAGCUCUGAGAAGAUUUAAACAUGUUUCACUACCUGAUGAUAAGUCACACUUGUUUUUCAUUAAUCAUAUGGAAGCAUUUAGUACACUGACGAGGGAUAAGACUGGAAUGAGAGCAUUGGAAUACUUCUUAUUUUGGCUUAUUAAUUUAACAAGGGAUAAGAGAAAUAUUCGUGUGGUAAUGACAUGCUCUCCUAUGUUUUUCUAUGAUUGGUUGAGUGAUGUGCCAUUGCGUGAGGCCAUUCAAAUUGUAGGAUUGGGAGAUUUACCAAAGGAUGAGGCAGAAUCUGCCUACUAUUCAUUACUGAAUAGAAUUGUAAUAUCAGAUGAACAGAGAGAAAAUGCACCUGAGUUUGAAAAGGUUUAUGAGAGAUUUGGUGGAAGAAUUCACGAUCUCAGUAAAUUUGUUGAGGCAUUUGCUGCCUCAAAUAUGGAGCUUGAUUCCUACUCUGAAUUUGGUACAGUGGUAACCAAAUUUACUUCAGUAUUGAAACCAGAGCUCUAUUCUGAGCUAGUUAGAAAUAAUAUUUCUAGCCCAGUUUUAUGGGAAACUCAACAUGUUAUCAGUGCAUGGGAAAUGUUGCUAAACGCACCAAAUAAUAUUGUUUCCUAUCUUGAUUUUGUUGAAAAGAUUCCUGCUAAUGUUUUUCAAUCAUUAUUUAAACAUGCCAUUAUAACAUAUAGACCACAAUCCAACACCUUUCAAGAUUAUGAGUUGUGUAAAUCGACUGAUACUGUUCUAUUCAGAAGAAGAUUGGAUAUGCAUGCUGCCAGAGUUGUUUAUAACAAAUACAUGACAUCACAAAAUUAA